UUACUAUUAAGCGUAGUCUGCUUACCAGUGAACCAAAAUUCAGGUUGCUGACGUAAGAAACGCUGCGCCGGCUUUACGUUUUAUUUGGAUAAUUUCCUUCUACUUUUCAUUCGCCCGAAAUCGUUAGGCUGCCAUCGUAAAAAUGCCCUUAUUUUGUCGGUACUACGGUCAAAAGUAUCCAGAAGUUGACGAUGUAGUUAUGGUGAAUGUGAGAUCCAUAGCUGAAAUGGGAGCUUAUGUGCACUUGUUAGAGUACAACAAUAUUGAGGGCAUGAUCUUGCUCUCUGAGUUGUCCCGAAGACGUAUUCGCUCCAUUAAUAAGCUAAUCAGAGUUGGCAAAACAGAACCAGUUGUAGUUAUCAGGGUGGACAAGGAGAAAGGUUACAUAGAUCUGUCAAAAAGACGAGUAAGCCCUGAGGAUGUAGACAAGUGCUUGGAAAAGUAUUCAAAAGCCAAGGCUGUAAACUCUAUAUUGCGACAUGUGGCUGAACUUUUGAAGUACCAGACUGAUGAGGAAUUGGAAGACCUUUACAGAAAAACAGCAUGGCUUUUUGAGGAGAAGUCCAAGAAGCAAUCAUCCUCUUAUGAUGUUUUCAAGCAAGCUGUCAAUGAUCCUUCUCUUCUCGACGAAUGCGGUCUGGACGACAACACCAAAGAGACGCUUUUGGGUAUUAUUAGGCGGAAGCUGACUCAACAGGCCGUGAAAAUCCGCGCCGACAUCGAGGUAGCCUGCUAUGGCUACGAGGGAAUUGGUGCCGUGAAAAAAGCCUUAAAGGCUGGUAUCGCCUGCUCUACCGAAGAGAUCCCUAUCAAAAUUAACUUGAUUGCACCUCCACUUUACGUCAUGACGACACAGACGCCCGAACGUCAAGAUGGACUCAAGGGUCUAGAAGCAGCCAUCGAAAAAGUGAAAGAGCUGAUUGUCAGUCUUGGAGGCGUUUUCAAUAUACAAAUGGCUCCCAAAGUUGUUACUGCGAUGGAUGAGGCUGAGUUGGCGCGUCAAAUGGAGAAAGCUGAGUUGGAAAAUGCUGAAAUUGCAGGUGACGAUGAUCAAUCUGAUAUGGAAGCCGAGGGAGCUGGAGCAAACGAAGCUGGGAGUGGGGAAGAAGGCGGAGAGGAAGGCGAAGCAGAAGAGGAGGAAUAAAAUGUGUACCGCAAACUUAUUUUUACAGACAAGGGAAGUUUGCACUUAUGUUGCUCCUCCAAUCCGAUUACACAUCUUGAAAAAAAAAGUAAUUCUUUUUAU